UCCUUAUGUCACAUUCCCUGUUGCCUUCGUGGUCGGGGCUGUGGGCUACCACCUGGAAUGGUUCAUCAGGGGAAAGGACCCCCAGCCCGUGGAGGAGGAAAAGAGCAUCUCAGAGCGCCGAGAGGAUCGCAAGCUGGAUGAGCUUCUAGGCAAGGACCACACGCAAGUGGUGAGCCUUAAGGACAAGCUAGAAUUUGCCCCGAAAGCUGUGCUGAACAGAAACCGCCCAGAGAAGAAUUGAUGGAGGACACAGGGCCCUACGGCCCUACUGUGGGCGGUGACUUGUCCUGCUACCAUGUUGACAGAGCCCCAGAACCCACAUCUAAUUGGCUUUGUUGCUUAUUCUGGCCCCUCCCACACCACACAGCCACACAAAUACUGGCUGCUCCUUGAUGUCCAGGCAGACCCAGCGGCAGCCAAAGGGCCAGUGAAGAGGAAGGCCGCAUCUGUUGUGUGGUGGCCACAAGCACUCAGGCAUCUGAGUUUACUGGUGCACUGCUGGGAGGAGUGUUAUGAGAUGAACGUUGGCUGUCAAUCUCUGUGGGCAGGCGGUUUGGCCUCGAGUGGGAAUGGCUGGGAUUUGGGUGUUGCCUUUAGGAGGGAUACCUGCAUGUCUAGUUCCAGUCUGCACUGGGAAGAAUUCAAAUAUGCACCUGGCUCCCUUCACUGUUUUGCCCUAUCCUUUGUGCUCAUUCUUACUGAAAUCUGUCUUGUUAGCUCAGGAAUGGGAUUCCCCCAGGAAGGAAAGCAUUUUUCUGUUCUGGGAAGCCCAGACUGUUCACUAUGGGGCAGGGACGAACAUGUGCCUCGUGAAUUUGCUUGAAAACAGUCCCCAUCAUCUACCCCCAUCACUGUAGAGUGCAAAACUUGAUUAAAGUGGUAUCUGAGAACCAUAA